GUACUCCUAACUGUGUUAACUUCAACCUUCAAAAUGAGACCUUUCAGUCCCAUGCAACUGUGUACAACAAUGGAGCAUGUGCCAUGAUCAGAAAAAAGCAAGAGAAGAGGAUGCAUAUGCUAGCUUAGCUAUCGAGGACCACAAGAUGGUGGGAAUGCAUGCUAGCUCACACCACAUGCAGGAUGCGACUCCAUUCCUCGCUCAUGGAGAUCAGAUCGAUAUAUAUACAUCCACAAACACACACAUUUUUCCAUUGCUUCCUACACGACCUGCCUCUUACAUUUCCAGCUCAAUUAUCAACGCAAAUGCGAGGUCCCAACACCAAGGCCUUCCAGCAAGGCUUCCUCAAGAACAUGAUCCUGAAUCUCCAAUCCUGCAGCGAAUUCUGCAUCUCAUCCUCCUCCUCUGCCUCUGGGGGCGCCGCCAUGAUGAGUCUCCAGCAGAGGAAGUGCGCCAUCAUCAAGUCGUCGGCCGACAUCGCCAUGGCGACUGCCCGCGGCCACGGAGCGCGGUGGCCGCAGGCCGUCUUGGCUUCGAGUUCGUCGCCGUCUAGGCCGAGCAGCAAGCCGUCGUCGUCGCCGGAGAAGAAGAAGAAGAACACGCGCGUGUGCAAGAAGAUUGUGAGGCGGUGUCUCCACGCAAGGAGAUGGAGAGAUGGCACUGCUGGAAGGACGACGACGACGACGGCGGCGGCGAUGAUCGGUAGCAGGGAGAUUGCGAGAAGGCUGGUGAGGAAGAGGACCAAGGUGCUGAGGAAGAUGAUACCUGGCGGCGAACUGCUCGAUGAGAUCUCGCUGCUUCAUGAAGCUGUGGACUACGUUGCUCAUCUACACGCGCAAGUCGACGUCCUCAGGCGCAUCUCAAAUGCGGUGCAACGAGGUUGAUGAGAUCUUGUGUGUACCAGGCAUGCAGAGGUCUUUGAAAGAACAAUGGGUGAUAGAUUGUACAAGCAGUUUUCUCUCAACAUGCUUCAAGUUGAUGCGACUCAGUAGAGAUAAUACAAUGUCCAAGACCAGAAUGUGGAAAUGAUGAAGAGUAGAUGGAGUAUCUUUGGUCUUCAGAUAAGAGUCAGACAGAGAGGAUUGCAUAACUUGUAAGGCAGUAACCUUGUGCCGAAUCGAUGGUAAAGCUUUGGCUGCAGUAGCUGUAUUCCUAGCAUUUGUUGUCAAUUGAGGCAGACAUAGCUAAUUACCUAUAUAUAUGCUAUACUGCAAGGGGGAUUCCUAGUCUUGAUUCUUGAAUCAUUGUUGCAAAAUGCAAAUGUACUUCAAAUUUGAUGCGAAGGGCUAACAACUCGUGUGCUCCA